AUGACGUGGAUAAUCACAACCCGCUCUUAUGACCCCGAGCUUCCCCCAGCAAAUUUGCCCACUAGAGAUUCUUUGACCAUCAUGGCUUUCUAUUCCGCGGUCGAAGCAGCGCUUGGUGUAUCGUGGUUCUCUGCCUUGUUCACUCUUGGCUCGCUUUCAGUAUUCUGGUUGCUCAGGCACAGGGAGAGGAAGACCCAACAUGCAUCUCACAACGCAUGGCCUCAGAUCUGUGGAUUUGAUCCUUCAUCCUUAGAUCGCUCUAAGACUGCCGAUGAUUGGAAAACCACAAGACUCGGCAAAGCCACGGUUGUUUCGAAUAGAUAUGCACAUGAAAUUCGCAAUGAUGAGCGAUUGAGCUUCCAAUUGGGACUGGAAAAGGACUUCCUCACGAAGGUGCCUGGCCUCGAGUCCCUCUUUGGUGGGACCUUCCAUAAUGGUAUUGUUUGGGAUACAGCGAUGCACUUCUCGCGUAAAUUGAAUACGGUGGUGGACCCUUUAUCUGAGGAGACAAUUGAGUACUUGCAAAAGAAUUGGGGCGAUGAUAAAGAAUGGCAUACGGUUUCCCUUCCUCAGUCUAUGCUCAUGCUAAUCGCGCAACUCACCGCGCGUCUCUUUAUCGGCGAAGAGCUAUGUCGUGACCCUGAGUGGCUGGGGAUUGCGACUGGCUACACCAUGGAUCGGACAUUUGCGGUUAAGGAGCUACAACAGUGGAACCCGCAGCUCAUCCCGAUCGUGCAUUGGUUCCUCCCCUCUUGUAGAAAAUUGCGUACUACCAUUAAGAAAGCCCGUGGCUUUGUUGAUCGCGUUCAGACAGAGAGAAAGCAAAAGAAAACCACAGCGGAUGACACGAAUCGAGUCGAUGCCAUGACUUGGAUUGACAGGGUUGCCAGAGACCAGAAAUGCUCUUAUGAUGCGACCCUGACUCAACUGCGUCUGGCUUAUGCGGCCGUACAUACCACGGGAGAUAUGAUGACCAAGGUUGUUGCUGCUUUGUGUGAAAAUCCAGAGAUGAUUGAGCCAUUACGAAAUGAGAUCAUCUCAAUCAUCCGUGAACACGGUUGGCGGGAGGCUGCAUUGCACAAGAUGACUUUGCUGGACAGUGUGCUCAAGGAGAGUCAACGAAUUCAACCAUUGGGCUUGUAUACUCUCUCCCGUAUCGCUCUGGAGCCCAUCACACUGGAUGACGGAACCCAGAUCCAAAAAGGCGAACAGGUCAAGAUCUCCACGGAUCACAUGUGGAACUCGUCUGUCUGGCCUGAUGCAGCCCAAUUCGACGGUUAUCGGUUUCAACGACUUCGGGAUGAUCCGAACCAGUCCUCGGCUGUUUCUUUUGUAAGUCUCUCAGCAAAUCACAUGGGCUUCGGUUACGGCAAGCACGCAUGCCCUGGGCGAUUUUUGGCUGCGAUCGAGGCCAAGGUUGCUCUCUGUCACCUCCUUUUGAAAUACGAUUUCGAACUGGAGAACAAGGAAGGGUUCUCGGCGCAGACAGAAGGUGUUAUGAUUUGGAGGGACCACCGGGCGCAGCUUCAGAUCAAGAGGCGGGUGGAAGAGAUCAAAUGGUAA